UUCACUCUUGAUUUGAUUUCUUUUCUUUGAGUUGAAUUCUGAUUAGGUGUCUGAUAUCCCCAAAUUGUAAACAUUGGGGCUUGCUUCGAUGCACUGCACAAAACUGUAUGUCGUCUUUAUACUGGGACCUUUCGUAAUUGCAAUGUUACUGUGAUUCACCGCUUUGCCUCAGCGUUUUCCCCCUACUCCUGUUUUAGUGCUAUCAGAUUAUACAUGUUGAACCGUUUACACGAUAGUUUGAUAUCAAAUUAUUAGAAUCUAGCUUGGUUCUCGCCUUAGUUUAACGACAAAAUGCUAUUGUACUACAAACUGUUAAUCGAUCUUCACGCUAUUGUUGAUCUGAAGCUAGCUUGUAGGACGCCAUUCAUUUGUAUUUGACACCACAUUUUUUUUCCAUCUGUGCUGUUGUGAUGUGUAGAAAACGAUGAAAUCUAUCAUAGAUUAAUUAGGGAACUCCCAAAUCUGAUUGAUCGAGUUCUUUACUAAUCUAAAUGUCACACUUGCAACCUGCCUUUAAAACUGAGAAAAUUUUGCAAAUCCUAUAUGUACCACCCAGCAUAAAAGAUGUAUGGGACUACAGCUGCUAUGGAGUAGUGAGAGUACCAGUAUGACACAUCUCCUUUCUCUUUUGAAAUGGUGAGUAGUUUGUGCUAUGCGUGUCACUGCCUAUUAGUUUGCCGAGGAUUUUGUCAUUGGACAUGUGAUGCUGAUUGCUAGAAGAAUUUUGGCCUUCACAUCUCGCUUUCUCCACCUGAUUAGAACAGUAAAUGCUUUUCACUAGUCUUUUAUCCUUGUUCUUGCCUAGUGUUGCCACAUUUAGACACGAGGAAUCUAUCCUAGGAGAUGGUGAUUUGUGUUUCCAGUUGCAUUUAUAUUUUAUAGUACUAUUGAUAUGAUGAAGCAAUUAGCUUUUGCUUACUAAAUAUGAUCUUCAAAUAGUUGACCUAGGCCUUGUACUGGUGUCUCCUGUUAACUGAUUAUGUAUGAUGGACAUUUGUAUGAUAUAACUUCUUUGCUAUCACCUGUUACCCGAACCAAUUUAUGUACAAACCUCUGCAUCUUCAUCUGACAAUUCUUUUUUUUUUCCAGGGGUGUGACAUCUGCCAAAACAAAAUUACCAUCAAUACUACUGUUAGCCCUGAGCUAUUGUAGUUUAGUGGAACAUCAAGUGUGGGGUAUUUAACAGUCUGAGAUUGGGUCCAACAGCAGUGAAAAAAAAAUAUAGAGGUGAAAAACAGCCUUUGCAAAGUUAAGCCGUUGGGUAUCUUGAUGGAAAUAUCUGUAGGAUAUAAGAUAAAAAUGUUACUCCCUUCAUUAUUUACUCUGGACUUGCCUAUCAUUUGAUCACACCAAAUUCACACGGCUCGCUUCCCUACCAUUUGCAAUGGAUCUUCGUCCUCCCAGAGAUUUCUCGAAUUGUAAGAGUUGUCCAGGUGAGCCAUCGAGAAUGCCAAAUCCUAUGAAUUUCCACCACCAACAAUUUCUGCAGCAUCCAUCAUUUUCACAGCCACCAUAUGCCAUGAAUUUCCCCCACCAGCAAUUUCCGCAGCAACACCUAUGCCCACAAAAUGUCCAUUAUGUUGUUGUUCAACCACAGUAUACUCCAUUCUCACUACCACAUCCACCUGCUGGGGCUAUGACAACACCACCGCCUCCACCGGCUGGAACUAUGCCACUACCUGCAGUGCCACUUCCACCUCCACCUGCUGGAGUGGUGCCAUUUAUUUCCGCGUCAUACUCGGGCACCCCACAUUCAGUAACUGACCCGGAUGAACAAGACGUUGUUAGUGUAGACAAUGAUGAUAAUGUUAAACCUGAUAGGACUGCUAGGCGAUUGAACUGGACAGAAAUGGAGGACUUAAGAUUGAUUAGUGCUUGGUUGAAUAGUUCCAAGUUGAGUAAUUCCAAGAAGAAUGAGGCGCACUGGGGAAAUGUCGCCGAGGUGUACAAUAGCAGCACCCCAAAAAAUCGGAGAAGAGCACCAAAGCAAUUGAAGCCCCACUGGCAGAAGAUUAACAAGAAGAUUGCCCACUUCUAUGAUUGUUGGUGCCGAGUGGAGGCAAAAUAUUCCAGUGUCCAGUCUGACCACAUGCAACUGAUGGACAAAACAUGGGCAAUGUACUGUGAGGAAGCAAAUGCGAUGUACCUUGGUGAAGCGAAACAUAAUUUCACCUUCAGCCAUCUUUGGAAAGCUGUCUGGGACCAACCCAAGUGGAAAAACUACAUCUCUUCUUUAUACUCCAAGAGAAACGAAUUGUCUGAGUUUGGGGACUGCAUGUCAUCCUCCGAAGAUGUCACUGAUGUGCCUGAAAAAGAAACAGGUGAACAAGGUAGCAUGCCUGCAAAGAAGAAACGGGAAGGUGAAAGCAAGGUCUCAUCUCCUUCAUCAGAGUUGCAAGAAGACAUUCAGUGCUUGGUGGAUCCUCAAAACAAGCUUGAGAAGAAACAUGAGGAGAUGACAGAAGUACAACUUAGGCCUUCAGGCCAGAAGCUUGAGUUGUCCGGAUGGAAUCAGCUGGAAAUGAAGGACAAGGGAACCGUAAUUUCUGAAAAGCAAACAGAUCUUUUGACGGCUGACACUUUGAGGCUCCAUGAGUUUCAGCAUGGGAAGGAAAAAUUGAUAGCUGGCACUUCAAGGUUUAAUGAAUUUCACCAUGGGAGUGCAGUGAGGGAAGAUGUGCCUGAAAAGAACUCGCAUCCACACAGUUACAAAGUGCUGGAGAAUGAAAGGGCAGUGAGAGGUAGUCUUCCUGAAAAAGAAACACACACACAAGGUUCCAAGAUGGUAAAGGGCAAGCGGAAACGUAAAGGGAACGCAUCAAGUCCUUCCUCGGAGGUGCAGGAUGACAUUAAAUGUGUAGUGGAUCUGCAGACCAUGCUUCAGAAGGAUCGCGAGAAGAUGUCAGAGGUUCAACUCCAUCUCUCGAAAGAGAAGCUUGAGUUGGCGAGACUAAAGCAGCAGGAAGCGAAGGACAAAAAGGAAACAACACUCUACAAGAAGUACACUGAGCUGUUGAUGGCUGACACUCAGAUGUUUAGUGAGUUUCAGAAGGAAGAGUAUCAAAAGGCAGUGAAGCGCAUGGGGGAGAUGCUAUUCGGUAAAGAUGGAAAGUAGCGUUCUUGUAAUCUACCUUAUUUGCAUGUACUGAAAGUCUGAAAUCUUUUACCUUAGGUGUUUAUACUUGGUCAGUUUUGUUAAGCACAUGUACUGAAAUGCUAUCUUAAGAACAAAAGGAUUUGACGACCUAUUUAACACCAAA